AUGAAUAAAGACAAUCAGAAUGCUUAAGUGAUUCUCAAGGCGAGUCUCGCAAGGACCAGAAUUACCAAGAUUCUAUAAAAAAAGCCAGACUUCCAAUUAAAACUUAAGCUACAUGCUCUAGACUCGAUCCUUUCCAAUUUGCCCACUGAAGAGGAGUCUCCUCCACAACAGGCAUCGCUACCACUUUAAUCUUCUUCAGUACUCCACAGGGCUAAGGAAAUAAUUACAGCCAGAAAGCAAAAUAUAAAUUUCGAUUCCGUUUACUUGGAACUCAAGAAAGAGACGUUCGAUUAAGAUUCGUUCAAUCAAUUGAUUGUAGAAAAUCUCGACAAAUAUACUCAUCAUCAAGAUACAACCUUGAAGAAAGCUCCUCCCAUGAUAAAACACAAAUCUGAACAGCAAAUUGUUCAUGGAUACUAGCUGUUACCGAAAGUUGCAAUUAGUAAUCAGAUAAAACGAAAAAAGGAAACCAUGAGGCAACUUAAUUAACAACUAAAAAGCGAUCAAUAGUUAGUUAAAUAAUAAACUUUGAGGGAGCUUUAAUAAAUGAAAUUGCCCGAUAUUUUUUAAAGUGUUACUAUCAAUGAUUUAAAAUAAAAAGAAAACAUCCAAAAAUUCGUAUUAUAAGGAGAGUUUUAUUAAUAAUGGAGAAAGUCCUUUAAACUAAAUAAGCCUCCUUCUUUGGUUCAAUCUUUUAAGAGCAUUAACUAAUAUUUGUUAGAUUCAGCAGACUACUUAGAUAAACUAAAUAAAAUUGAUAGAAAACAAAUAAAAGUUUAGAUGGAGUCGUUGAAUGAGUUUGCUGGGAUUCAAUAUGGAAAAUUGAAGAUCAAAACAGAUCCAUGUUGA